AUGUCCUUCCAGGCACCGCUCCCCUCGCAUUCCCGUUCCCCCCACAACCAGCAAACUUCCCAGGGCUUUCCUAGCCUCGGCUUCUCAAACCAAGUCGGCGGGUUUUUUGACAACGAACGUACCCUUCCGAUGUAUAAAGACAAGCCCUACUUCACACCGAAGCGCACGGCUCCACGGCGACGAUGGAGACGCAUUGGCGGUCUGCUAGCCUUAUGUACUUUGUUUUUCUUCUGGUAUAAUAAAUCGUCCCUUCCAUCAUUGAAGAGCGCGAGCGCGUCAGAAAGAGGCGCGCAGCUCUGGAAGUGGGCGCAAUCCCUGGAAGAUGAAGUCCCACCAGAGAAGAUCGAUUGGAAUGCGCGUCGCGAGAGAGUGCGGGACACUUUCAUCGUUAGUUUCGAUGCCUACGAAAGAGAGGCAUGGGGCUACGACCAAUACAGCCCAUCUUCUGAGAACCACAAAAAUAUGGUGGAUGGUGGUAUGGGUUGGAUGAUUGUCGAUUCUUUGGACACCCUCAUGAUCAUGAACCUGUCAUCUCAGGUUCGGCAUGCCCGCCAAUGGAUCUCCACUUCGCUGCGGUACGAUCAGGACCAUGAUGUGAAUACGUUUGAAACAACUAUUCGCAUGUUAGGUGGCUUGCUGUCUGCCCACUAUUUAUCUACUCACUUUCCUGACCUUGCCCCAAUUGCGGAAGACGAUGUCGGUGCUGCUGGGGAAGACUUGUACAUUGAAAAAGCCACCGACCUGGCAGAUCGGCUGCUUGGAGCGUUCGAAUCUAAUUCUGGAAUUCCAUUUUCCAGCGUCAAUUUGAAUAGGUCUAUGGGCAUACGGUCGCACUCCGAUAACGGUGCCGCGUCAGUAGCAGAGGCAACCACUGUGCAACUCGAAUUCAAAUAUUUGGCGAAAUUGACCGGAGAAGCCGAGUAUUGGAGGGCUGUGGAGAAAGUCAUGGAAGCUGUUGACGGACAACACCCGGAAGAUGGUCUGGUCCCCAUCUACAUCCAUCCCGACUCCGGGGAAUUCAUAACAAAGAAUAUUCGCCUUGGAAGUCGAGGUGACUCCUAUUACGAAUAUCUCAUCAAGCAAUAUCUUCAAACAUCCGAACAGGAGCCUAUCUACAAGGAGAUGUGGGAUCAGUCAUUACGGGGUAUUCGCAAGCACCUUCUUGCAUUCACGAGAAAUGCUAGAUUGAUGAUCUUGGGUGAACGACCUCGGGGUCUGGACAAGGGUCUUCUCGCUAAGAUGGACCACCUUGUGUGUUUCAUGCCAGGGACAAUUGCGCUGGGUGCCACGGGGGGGCAGCCUCUAUCCAAAGCUAGACAGUCCCCUGAGUGGUCCCAACAGCGCGAGGAAGAGAUUUUGAUCUCCCGAGAGCUCAUGAAGACCUGCUGGGCCACAUAUGCAAGCACUGCUACUGGCCUUGCUCCUGAGAUUUCCCACUUCCUCAUGGACGAAACUCCAGUCAUGAUGGCAGACAAAUAUGCCGACCCUGCCCAAUCCACCGCCUCGGCACCAUACGAAUUGCAAGGCAUCUCUCUUCCACUAACCCGGCAGGCAGACGGCAAUGAACCAUGGAAACAAGAUAUUGGUAUCCAUCCUAUGGACCGCCAUAACAUUCAGCGCCCUGAAACAGUCGAGUCCCUCUUCUACAUGUACCGUAUCACAGGCGACGAGAUUUAUCGCCAAUGGGGAUGGAACAUGUUCAAGGCUUUCGUCCGCCAUACAGCGGUGACUGAAACCGUGGGUUCGACGAUCCCCGGAUUAGGUGAUCCACCUCAUGAGCGUAUCAAGAGCUUCACGUCAGUGGGAAAUGUCGAAAAAAUUCCUGCUGAGAAUCGCGACAGGAUGGAGAGCUUCUGGCUAUCAGAGACCUUGAAAUAUUUCUAUCUCUUAUUCUCAGAUCGUGAUUUCAUCUCGCUUGAGGAGCAUGUCUUUAACACAGAAGCGCAUCCGAUGCCACGAUUCAAGCCCAGUGGAGAGCUGAAGACUGGGUGGACGCGGAAAUAUCGACCAUAA